CGGCACACCUAUAGAAGCUGAAACUAUUACACAGUGUCAUAUUAAACAAGAAGCUGCGUGUGAGCAAGAGCAACUCAGAGCAGAAACGGUCAAGAGUGCCUGCCCUGCCCUCUCCAACUCCUCUCCAAGGCUUCCAAAUUAUUUCGGUGUCUCCUGGGAUCUUGCUUGCUUGUUGUAGAUCUCUCAAUCCUGGUUGCUAGCUAAUCUACAAGAACCAGAAGGAUUUGAGGCUGCGGGCACGGAUAUAUCACACAGGAGUUCCUCACAGCAUGGGAGAGACUAGUAGUUCUAGUCAUUCAAGGCAGGAUCCUUGUGCUCUUGGCUAUGGCUUCCAUGGUGCCAUCGCCAACUCUACUCCAAAUUUCUUUGACCAAGAAGGAGCUACCUAUUUUGGAGAGCUGGAAGAGGCUUUCAUGCACCAGGUUGCCUCACUCAGAAGAACUCAAGCUGCAACCACCUCCACAGCUCAUCAUGGAGACGCCACGCCCUUUUCCACUGCUAUAGCUGCAACGGCUACAGCUAGGCCACCUCCUACAUUGGACAUCUUCCCAGCUUGGCCUAUGAGGUCUCUUCACACACCCAAGAAGGGCUCAAAUUUGACGGCAGACAGCACAGAAGACUCGGAGAGCAGCAGCAAGAACAACAGCAACCACUCCUCAGACCAGCACGGAGCAACAGAAAACAUGGCAAGCCAGUUCGAUCAAGGUUCACAGCAGCUGCAGGAGAUUCAGCAAAAGAACAUGGCUACAAGUUCCACUACAAAGUCUGGCAAGACUCUUGAUCCAAAGACAAUCAGAAGGUUGGCUCAGAAUCGCGAAGCUGCACGCAAAAGCCGGCUGCGAAAGAAGGCUUAUAUUCAGCAGCUUGAAAGUAGCAAGCUGAAGCUUGCUCAGAUGGAACAGGACAUGCAGCGAGCCCGUUCCCAGGGCCUCUUUCUUGGUGGAACUCCAGGUGCAAACACCAGCUCAGGCGCCGCAAUGUUCGACGUGGAGUAUGCCCGGUGGCUGGACGACCACGGCCGGCGCAUGGCCGAGCUUCACGGAGCUCUGCACGCUCACUUGCCGGAUAGUGACCUUAGAGCCAUCGUGGAUGACGCCCUGACCCACCACGACGAGCUGUUCCAGAUCAAGGCCGUGGCAGCCAAGUCCGACGUGUUCCACCUCAUCACCGGGGUGUGGACGACCCCUGCCGAGCGAUGCUUCCUCUGGAUGGGUGGAUUCAGGCCCUCCGAUCUGCUCAAGACACUGCUGCCCCAGCUAGAUCCCCUGACAGAACAGCAACUGGUAGGCAUCUGCAACCUUCAACAGUCAUCACAGCAGGCAGAGGAAGCUCUCUCCCAGGGCCUGGAGCAGCUGCAUCAGUCUCUGGCUGAUACCAUGGCCGGUGGAUCUCUGAUUGACGACGCCAACAUGAGCAUCAUGGGUCAAAUGGCCCUUGCCCUUGGCAAGCUGUCCAACCUUGAAGGUUUCGUGAUACAGGCUGAUAACUUGAGGCAACAGACUCUUCAUCAGAUGCACAGGAUUCUCACAGUUCGACAGGCAGCUCGAUGGUUCUUGGCCAUUGGAGAAUACCACAACCGCCUUCGUGCCUUAAGCUCCCUCUGGGCUUCUCGGCCUCGAGAGAUGCUAGUGACAGAUGAAGGAAACUGUGGAGAGAUAAGCAUUGCAGCCCAACCAUCCCAAAGUCAAUUUUCAGCCUUCUGAAUCACACAUGUAGUGGAACUAACCUUCAACUUAGGAGCAAGAGAAAAAUGACUUGGAAGAGAAGUUUGGGAUGUGCAAUAUCUGAGAAUCACAGAAGAGACCUGGGAAAUGAAGGAAGCUUCCGGAAAUAGAGUAUUUCUGGAAUUGUUUUUUGGGAAACAGUAACAGUGUUUCUAAGAAGGUGUGGAACUUGUACAAACAAUUUCCAGGAGGUGAAAUUGUUCAGUUCACUGUGGAGUGAGAAGGAGAGGAAAAAAGAACAACUAGAAUCUGUUAUCCAGUAAUGUGCAUUCUUUUGGUUCUGUCCAGUCUAAAUUCUCAAACAGGCUCUUUGUAGUUAAUGAAAAAAAAAUAUUCAGCAAUUCUACUGAUGAUUACUGGUUUGAGCAUUACUGCACAACCAGCACCAGACUAUGUUGAAUUGGAUGGUUGAGCUAACUGGUAACGUA